AUGAAUGCUUAACAAUAUUAACAAGAAAUUUGGAAUAUGAAAGUGUCUGUUAAAAUAAGUCUAUAAAAUAGUAACAUACUACCAAUGUAUAUUUAGAUUCAUAGAUAACAUUAUCUACUUUUCUACUAUCAAUAAAUUCAUGAUGUACAAAUUAAUAAAAAAAUUUAGCAUUUUGAUUCCUGUUAAGAUAAUAAGAUUAAUCAAAUUUCCUUAUAAUUCAAAAAUAUCAUAUUACCAUAUCAAAUACCUUUUGGAGUAUUGGUUGAUUUAUAUUACAGUCAAGAUCCAUUUACACCUAUGGAAUUAAUCUUAAUAUAUUAAAAAGAAACUUAUUUUAUUGAUUUAGAAGAUGAAAUAAAAAACUAAAUCAAAUUUAAUCUAAAAUAGGCUGCAUUUGGACGUUAUAAUCAUGAAGGAUAUGGUACUCCUCUAAAAAAUUUAACAUAAUAUAUGUCAAUAAAUGAUGAAAAAUAAGCACUAAAGUAAAUUAAGUCUUUUGAAAACAAAGAAGAUCUCUAUAAAUAUUAUAGGAAAAUAUUCGAAAGUCCUAAAACAAAAAGAUUUUAACUUCCAAUAAGAAUUUAUUUCAAAAAAGGUGGACAUUUCUAAACAGUAAUUGAAUUGAAAGACCAACAAUAAACCAUAGGUUAAGCUUUGGACACCAAGUUAUAAGGAACAAAAUACAUUUUCAAUGGAUUACCUUUAAAUAUUAAUAUUCCAGCGUUAGACUUUUAUGAUUGCCUUUACUCAAUCGAUGGUUUUUGUUAUUUUGUUUGUGAGUGA